AUGAAUGGAUUUUUCCAAAUCAACACGUACUACAAUGAGUUUAAGCAAGAGCCAGACGCCGCUUAUGUCGCUACUCCGAUCCAGCAUCAGCAAGACCAACAACAGCAGUCUUUGCAACAGCCAACAAACGCCGUUCGUGACGGUGGCGUCAGCACGGAUCCCUCGUCGUUGAACAGGCUCAUCAAACCGUCGGACUUGACCAAGAACCAGCGGAGAUUUUUGAACGAGAGUGAAGAAGCACGCGAGAAGCGACUGGCACGGAACGCCGAGCGGAUGCGUCAAAAGCGCGCUUCGGAAACUGAGGAGCAAAGUCGUAAGCGUAUGGCAGAGAACGCGGAACGCAUGCGAAAGAAACGAGCCGCCGAGACCGAGGAAGAAUACCAGUCAAGAAUGGAGCGAAAUGCGAUGUUCAAGUUGUCCGAUGAAUAUCGGCGGCGUUUAUCAGAAAAUGCGGAGCGCAAUCGCCGCCGACGACAAAACGAGUCGGAGUUAGAACGAAGUAUCCGACGAGCACGCAGUGCUGCCCGGGAACGCCUCCGACGAGCAAUGGAAUCCCCGGAACAGCGCGCCGUGCGAUUGGCAAAGUUGGCCGAAAGAAUGCGCAUCACCCGGGAGCGGCUUUGGAGCACCAUCGAAACACCUGAACAGCGUACGGAACGUUUGGCUAAGCUAGCCGAGCGUAUGCGUAUUGCCCGAGCCAAUGAAACACCGGAACAGCGCGCUAUUCGGCUGGCUAAAAACGCAGCACGUGCUAGGCAACGAUUCCUUAAUGAAUCUCCCGAACAGUGGAUCGAGCGGAAGCGGAAAAAGGCCGAAUACGCCCGCCAGAAACGUGCCGCAGCAGCUUCAAUUGGAAGUGCGACGAUCUCACCUACCACCACCACCAUCAGUCAUGGAAGUUGCUUGCAGCAUGCGGCGAUGGAUUCUUCUCACUUCCCUAGCCAUACGCCCACCACCUUGCCGGAAAUGUUACUACAUUCGUCUGUCCCGCAAUCGACUAAUGCCGGCAGCUCGACGUUUUUGGUAAACUCCAAAGAUGGCGGUAAAUCGGGAAUGUCUUCUAAAACUAUGAUCCCAAGCGGGCCUGUACAAGUGCAACCGGAGCAAAUCUACACCACACCGCAGGUCGUAUUUAGUAGCGGAGAUUUCAAACAACACCAGUUGCUGAAUGGCCAACAUUUAGUCAUGCAGUCCGUUCCAAACUGUUCUGGUGCCCUAUAUAAGCUUUUACCCUAUCCGUUCCCGACGUCUACAGCAUCUACUCCGGUUGUAACGCAAUUGGAUAAUUCAAGUGCAUUCAAAUCCAAACAACUAUGAGCGCAAGAUGCACCGCUGCAUUAAUUGCUGAAUGCGGGCAAAAUAUUACAAUUUAUCCAAGUAGAACAAGUUACAACCAGAUAUUCGAUUGUAGCAAUAGGAUAUAGCAAUUUUCAAUAUUCCAAGACGUAUUUUUUAACUGAUUGCAAUUGUAUUGCAACUCUGUGGUAUAAAUUGCCGACUUUCUUCCAUUAGAUUCAAUUCAAAAAGAUAGCAUUUUCAAUUACCAACGCACUCAAUUGAAACUAUGAUAUGGAAACUCUUAUUUAUUUAGUAUCUAUUCGGCACAUUUAUACAAAAAACAGAAAAACAACUGACCGCCGCCAGAUCUGUAGUACGAUGUUUGACUUGAUUUUAUCUUUCAGCAAGAUUUGUGAAUUUAAGUUAGGAUGCUUCAUAUGCUGACCGUUUGUGCUGCUAAUCGAUAAAUACGAUCAGUAAUUAAUUGU